AUUUGAUGAAACAACUGGUAUGUGAUGCACCUGGUCAGUUUUAUUGGAAUAUGAAUUUUAGAUAAUCUUUAUGUGAGAAAAUAUUGAUUGAAGAGACUUAAGUUUGCAGCAAGCAUAGUCUAAAAUCACCACCUGUUCCUACUCUACUUCUAAUUUCUAGAUGGAUAUAACUUGCUCUGACUUGGCACCGGAGAUCACCUGCCACCGAUUGCUCAACAUUAUAAAACACCCAAUACGGAAUUUUUACAUUCAACUAUGGAUGGAUAUGAUAUCUCCACACAAACGCAACAUUUGCGAAGACAUAUCUCAGCUUUAGCACGCCAAGAAAGGAUUCUUAAAAUGCAGAUUAAGAAGCAUCCAUCACGUGCCAAUCAUAACAAAACGCUCAUAGAGAAGAAGAUAUGCAAGCAUUCACGAUUUAGACGGAAAAUUUCACUCAUCCAGAAUAGAUUCAAAAAUAACCUGCAACAACGCAUCAGUUCCAUGGAUAUAAUUGUCAAAUACUACACACGUACAAUGAGGGCAAUGAUUCUUCAGACUCCUACUGAAUCAUUUGAAAGAAAUGAUGAUAUUAGUCAAAAGUCUACCCCAAUGGAAGUGAAUUCUAUACGGAUUGAAGCAAAUCCAUCCAGGACUGCAAAUAGAUUCAAUGAAAAUAUUGGACAAAAUUCUACCCAAAGGGAACUGGAGUCUACACUACCGAAAGCAAAUACAUCCAGGACUGCCCCUAGAUUCAAUGAUGAUAUUGGACAAAAUUCUACCCCAAUGGAAGUGGAUUCUAUACUGCCUGAAGCAAAUCCAUCUAUGACUGCAAAUAGAUUCAAUGAAAAUAUUGGACAAAAUUCUACCCAAAUGGAACUGGAAUCUACACUACUGGAAGCAGAUACAUCCAGGACUGCACAUAGAUUCAAUGAAAAUAUUGGACGAAAUUCUACCCAAAUGGAACUGGAGUCUACACUACCGGAAGCAGAUACAUCCGAGACUGCACAUAGAUUCAAUGAAAAUAUUGGACAAAAUUCUACCCAAAUGGAACAGGAGUCUACACUACCGGAAGCAAAUACAUCCGAGACUGCACAUAGAUUCAAUGGGGUUUACAAAAAGCCAUGGAACUUUGGACCACCUACAUAUGUAUGCACAUAUUGUGGUGCCAUGUUAUGGUAUGAAGAACGGAUUGAAAAAACACGCACUCAUUUACAACCAAAGUUUACAUUUUGUUGCAUGGAAGGACGUGUGCAGAUACCAUUACUUAGGCAACCACCAGAAUUACUCAAGUACUUGCAAUCACCUGAAUCUGGAAAGAAGGGAAUCAAAUUCAUGGAAAACAUAAGGGCUUAUAACUGCAUGUUUGCAAUGACAUCUUUGGGAGUCCGAGUCGACAGUGCUAUAAAUAGAAGGAGAGGUCCGUUUGUGUUUCGAGCAAGUGGUGUAAAUAUUCAUUUUAUUGGUUCAUUAAUCCCGGAAAAAGAUCAACGACCAAAAUAUGCACAGCUCUAUAUCUACGACACUGAAAAUGAAGUUAGAAAUAGAAUAGCAACAAUGCAAAAGAAUGGUCCCAAUGAAGACAUUGAUGAAGAAAUUGUCUCUCAAAUAUCUAGAAUGCUGGAUGAAAAAAAUCAUUUGGUUGAAUCCUUCAGGAAGGCUCGAGACAGAUAUAAAAAUGGACCAGAAACUUCCUUUCAAUUGCGAAUUCCUGGCAACAGAGCUCAAGAUGGUCGGCAAUAUGACAUGCCUACAAGUUCCGAGAUAGCUGGCUUGAUUGUGGGUGAUAUUGAUAAGAAAAACUAUAAACGUGAUGUUAUUGUACACCACAAAACUCGCGGUCCAGAACAAAUAAGUGAUUUACAUCCAAGCUACAUGGCCAUGACAUAUCCAUUGAUACAUCCCUAUGGUGAAGAUGGAUAUAGACUUGGAAUAACUUUAAGAGAUGGAAAAAAUUUAACAAUGUGCCAGUAUUAUUGCUUUAGAUUACAACAAAGAUUGAAUGAGGGUCACACUCUUCUUCGAAGCGGCAGACUCCUGCAACAAUAUAUAGUGGAUUGUUACAUGACAAUUGAAGAAGAGAGAUUUCGCUGGAUACGACUGAAUCAAAAUAAAUUAAGGUCAGACCUCUACUCAGGACUAAUGGAUGCCGUUCAUAGAGGUGAUUCGAAUUGUUCAAGAGUGGGGAAGUCAAUUAUCCUGCCUUCAUCACACACCGGGGGCCCCAGAUACAGAGUACAAAAUUAUCAAGAUGCAAUGGCUAUUUGCAAGUGGGCGGGUUAUCCAGAUCUUUUUAUAACUUUUACCUGCAACCCGAAGUGGCCAGAAAUAAAUUACAUGCUGGAAUUAAUUGGGCAGAAAGAUGACAGAAAUAGGUUGGAUAUCAUAUGCCGGGUUUUCCACAUAAAACUACUCCAACUAAUGCAAGAUCUGAAGAAAGAAAAACCAUUUGGAAAAAUAAUUGCAAGUUUAUACACAAUUGAAUUUCAGAAAAGAGGCUUACCGCAUGCACACAUUCUACUCUUCUUGGAUCCGGUAAUGAAAAAUCCUACAGCAUCACGAAUCGAUGAAAUUGUAAGCGCUGAAAUUCCGGACUUCAAUGUUGAUCCUGAUGGGUAUAAUGCAGUGAAAAACUUUAUGCUUCAUGGACCAUGUGGCAAGCUCAACAAAAACUCCCCGUGUAUGGCAAACGGCAAGUGUACAAAACACUUUCCAAAGAAAUACAAUGACAAGACAACAUUUGAUUCUGAUGGAUUCCCGAUAUACAAGAGACGGAACACCGGUAUUCAUAUCAAGAAAAAUGGUAAAAUCUUAGACAAUCGCUUUGUGGUUCCUUACAACAGGAAUUUAAUUGUCAAAUUUGAUGCACAUAUCAAUAUUGAAGUCUGCAAUUAUUCAAGGUCCAUAAAGUAUCUAUUCAAGUACGUCAACAAAGGGCCAGAUAGAGCAAAUGCAACAUUUGAAUCCAUUGAUACAGUUGAACGAAUAGAUGAGAUCAAAGCAUACCUUGAUUGUAGAUACAUAUCAGCCGCUGAAGCUUGCUGGAGAAUCUUCCAGUUUGACAUAAAUCAUAGACAUCCAUCAGUUGAAAGAUUACCUUUCCACCUCCCUGGUGAACAUACAAUAAUAUUCGAAGAAGACAAGUGUGUCGACAAUGUCCUUAAUAGACCCGGAGUAGACAAAACCAAGUUCACAGAAUGGCUAGAAACGAACAAAAUUCACGAGGAUGCGCGUCAAUUGACUUAUUCAGAUUUUCCAACACGUUGGGUUUGGAACGCCAAAGAAAAAAUAUGGACAAGGAGAAAAAAAGGCAUAUCAGUUGGCAGAAUUUAUUUUGCUCAUCCUUCAUCUGGAGAGAGGUUUUACAUGCGCAUGCUUCUCAACUUUGUCAAAGGUAGCACUUCCUUCGAAUGUAUAAGGACGGUGAAUGGGGUAACGUAUAAAACUUAUAAAGCUGCAUGUUAUGCUUUGGGACUCCUGGAUGAUGACAAAGAAUGGAUUGACUGCUUGAAUGAAGCUGCAGGCUGGGCAACUGGCAAUGAACUGCGCAAUCUAUUUGUCACCAUCCUCAUACACUGUCAAGUUUCAGACGCAUCACAUCUUUGGAAAAAUUGCUUCAUUGCAUUGUCAGAAGAUAUAACGUCACUACACAGGAAAAGAUUCAACAACAAAGAGCUCAAACUGACUGAAGAACAGGUAGAAGCAUAUACAUUGGUCGAACUAGAAACUCUAAUGCAGAAGUCUGGAAAAAGUUUAAGAGACAUAGACGGAAUGCCUCAACCUAACACAUCAUUACUAAGUGAUUCAAGCAACAGGUUGGUGAAUGAAGAGCUGGAUUAUGACACUGCAAAACUAAAGGUACAACAUGAAAAUCUGUAUGCUGCUCUGAACACUUGCCAAAAAGUAGCUUAUGAAGCAAUAUUAAAAUCUGUUGAGAAUGACGAAGGCAGAUUAUUUUUCAUUAGCGGCCAUGGUGGUACUGGAAAGACCUAUUUAUGGAACACAAUUAUUUCAAACCUAAGAUCAAGAUCGCAAAUUGUAUUGCCUGUUGCAACUGCAGGUAUAGCAGCAUUGUUGAUGCCUAAUGGAAGGACAGCCCAUUCACGUUUCCAUAUCCCACUUGACAUCACAGCAGAGUCAACUUGUGAGAUUCGCCACGGAAGCCCUUUAGCUAAACUACUGCUCAAGACCUCUUUAAUCAUCUGGGAUGAAGCACCGAUGACAAAUAAAUUUUGUUUUGAAGCUCUGGACAAGUCCUUGAGGGAUAUCCUAAGAACCAGAUUUGAGCAUAGCACCGAUAAGCCGUUUGGUGGGCUUACAAUAGUAUGUGGGGGCGAUUUUCGUCAAAUAUUACCCGUAGUUCCCAAAGGAACAAAAGAUGAAAUUAUUGAUGCAUCCCUAAUUUCAUCUUAUCUAUGGCCACACUUCAGAGUAUACGAGCUGAAUCAGAAUAUGAGGCUCCAUAGUGGAAAAAUAAGCGAGGCUGAUAAAGAAGAGAUUGCGACAUUUGACAACUGGAUGUUACAAAUAGGAAAUGGAUCGAAUUAUGAUGAUAUAGACAGAGAACUGAAUAUUUGA